AGUUUUUUGCGACGGAAAGGAGAGAGCCAGAUUGAUAGCGUCCAACGACAAGGGGGAGCUAUCAGCCAUGACCUCAACGGAGCAACGGCCGGUCGGCAAGCUUUUUCCGACGCGGUUCAUUUGGAAGAUCGACAACUUCUCCAAGAUGAACAAAGAGAAAUACUACUCCGACGUCUUCGUUGUCGGCGGCUGCAGAUGGAAGCUGUUGAUCUUUCCCAACGUCCGUCAGAAUAAAUCAUCGUUGGGGCUGUUCUUGGGCAUCGCCGACUCUUCGACUCAACCAGACGGAUGGAGCGUGGAGGCCGAGCAUUCCUUGGCGGUGAUCAAUCAAUUGAGCAAGAAGAUCGGUACCAUAAAAGAUUUUGAGCAUAAGUUUACGGCACAGGAGAAAGACUGGGGCCAUAGGUCCAUCUUGGCUCUCAGUGAUCUACGCAGCCCAGAAAAAGGAUAUCUUGUCAAUGAUUCGUGUUUGGUUGAGGUUGGUAUCUCUGUCCAGAAGACGGUCGGUUACAGAAUGUACGACGAUGGAGAGUCUGUCGAAGCAGCAGCUCAGGGCAAGCAAAAGAGUGGUGCCCUGGAGACUGUAAAGAAGAUGGAAGAUGCAUCGGCUUCUCCCAAGCAGAAGCCGGACGUUGACGAGAAGCCGGAAAGCCGUGUUGUUCAGACAGUCCCUCCAGAUAGUCUGCUGCCCACCAACAUCCCUCAGCACAGGCGUUCGAGGAGCAUUGAUGGUUACCAAAAAGGGGUGGAGGGAUAUGGAUCGGAGAGAGAAGUGAAUGAGUUGGCGUAUCGUUUUGUGUUGCAGUCUCUGCAUCUACAAGGUGACCACAAGUGGAAGAAUGAGGUUUGGCUGACCGAGCUCAGAGGCGCACUUGGAAUCAGCAACGAUGAUCACAUCAUGCAACUAAAGCGUGUGCUUUAUGGGGAAUGCAUUCCUGCAUCGCGACCGUUUAAAGAGUAAUCUGCUUGCCGUUUCCUCCUGUGGUGUGUAUCCCUCUAGGCAUUGGUCACCCUAUCUGUCAAUUUCUUUCAUCUUUGUGUAUAUGUCGAAGAAUAUAUCUAUUUAUUGAAUGCUAUAAGCC